GGUCGAUGGCUGCUUCGAUUUUGCCCAUCACGGGCAUGCGGGUGCGAUGCUCCAGGCAAAACAGCUCGGGAAGGAACUCUUUGUGGGCGUGCACUCGGACGAGGACAUUGCCUUCAACAAGGGGCCGGUGGUGAUGCACUUGGACGAGCGUGUGUUGGCGGUGGAGGCCUGCAAGUGGUCAAACCAUGUGGUUUCCUCGUCCCCGUACGUCACGGAUCCACAGGUGAUGGACGAUUAUGGGUGCCAGUACGUUGUGCACGGUGAUGACAUCACCACGGACGCUUCAGGCGAGGACUGCUACAAGGCAGUGAAGGAUAUGGGGCGGUUUUUGGUGGUGAAACGCACCCAGGGGAUCAGCACGACGGACUUGGUUGGGAGAAUGUUGUUGUUUACCAAGAGUCAUCAUAUUGCGAGUCUCAAGGAGCUCCCAGAGAGUAGCGAGGGAAGCUCCUCGGUUGAGGGUAAAGCCAUCUUGUCUGACGGGAAAUCUUCACUUUCAAAUGAGCCUAUACAUGCACUUUACAGCGCCGAGGUUUUAUCCCAAUUUAAGAGCUACGCCACCUGCUAUGACGGCUUGACCCCCGGCUCUAUCGUGGCUUUCGCAACGGCUAAAAAUCUCCAGACAGUGAUCCAACCAUCACCCCAGACUUCGGCCCUCUUGGCUAAUGGAAUCUACUAUACGGACGGUGGGUUUGACUUGUUCAACCCCGGACACAUCGAGGCGUUGCGCCUCAUUCACCUUCGCGCGCGCGCCGCGGGUUGUGCGGUGGUGGCUGGCGUACACGAUGACCGCGCGGUAAACCUGAACAAGGGGAUCAACUACCCUAUCAUGAAUGUGGUGGAGCGUGCGUUGUGUGUGUUGCAGUGCGCAUACGUGGAUGGGAUCGUCGUGGGUGCCCCAUCUGCGCCAACCAAGGAGUACCUUGGCUUGUUGUCCGCCGUAGGGAGCGUCAAGAAGAUCUUCCACGGACCGACUUCCGAGGCCAUCCAGGUGGGCAAACAGUUUGUGGACCCGUACCACGAUGUGCGCGACUUGGGCUUGAAUGAGAAGCUCGGUGAGCAUCGCUACAGCGACAUCAGCACCGAGGCUAUCGUCGAGCGUGUCUUGGUCAACAGACUUGCGUACGAGGAGAGACAGAAGAAGAAGGGCUGGAAGGGUGAGGUCGAGCGGAAGUUGCUCGAGGCCGAGAAAAGGAACUAAGAGACAGGUUGGGGUUUCUGUCUGCAACGCCCAUUUAUUUCUAGAUUAUCUUGAAAUGGUUUUAGGUAUGGCGCUAAGAUAGCCUUGGGGUGCAAGGAGAGUAUACAUCCAGGAUGAAGAAUUACCUGGUGUUACACCACUCUGUAGUUUGCUUUCCAUGCUCUGGCUUAGUUAUAUUUCUACUAUGUUUUUAUGGAAACAUCUAGCACAAAUGACUUAUCGACGUCAUUAUAUAUGCCCAACGAAAAGGGAGUGGGAGAGGUAUCCGGCACUCUAUGCUAAUGAACUAAACCUAGCUAUUUAAUUGUAUAGAUGGGGCUUCCAGCAUUAACCUUAACCCAUUUCGCGAGGACUGAUUCGUAGCAUGGUUCCACGAUAGAUCAAUAAAAGAGGUCAAUCCCGAUCAUGG